CCCGCCGCCUCCGGUCACCUGAGCGGCCCUUCCGCGGCGGCGGGGCCGGGCCGAGCCGCCGCCAUGCGGAUCGAGAAGUGCUACUUCUGCUCGGGCCCGAUCUACCCGGGCCACGGCGUCAUGUUCGUGCGCAACGACUGCAAGAUAUUUAGAUUCUGCAAAUCAAAAUGCCACAGAAACUUUAAGAGGAAGCGAAAUCCCAGAAAGAUGAGAUGGACCAAAGCAUUCCGAAAAGCAGCUGGCAAAGAAUUGACAGUGGAUAAUUCAUUUGAGUUUGAAAAACGUAGGAAUGAACCAGUGAAAUACCAGAGAGAGUUGUGGAACAAGACUGUUGAUGCAAUGAAGAGAGUGGAGGAAAUAAAGCAAAAACGCCAAGCCAGGUUUAUUAUGAACAGAUUAAAGAAGAGCAAAGAGUUGCAGAAGGCAGAAGACAUCAAAGAAGUCAAACAGAAUAUUCACCUUCUUCGUGCUCCCCAUGCAGGCAAACCAAAACAACUGGAGGACAAAAUGGUGCAGAAACUACAAGAGGAGGUGCCUAUGGAAGAAGACUCUUAAAGUGCUUUCAUUUUCUAUUUAUAUCUGUUCAGCAGUUAACAGUUCCCUACUGCCUCACCUGACAUCAUUCAGAACUGUGCUUACAGUUGAAGAAAAAGACAUUUUAAUGAAUAGUGGUCAUUUACCCUUUGGAUUAUUUUUUGGUUUAUGAAAAAUAGUAAGUUGGAUACUGGUUUGGGCAGUUCUUAAAUUCAUGCAAUUUGAGAAAACCUUGUCAACAGAAUGGAGCAUGAGACAUUAUUGUUUGAGAUACUGUGUGCUCCUUGGAAAGUUACACUUUUUUCAUAAUUCAAGAAAUAAAAUAUGCUGGCCUUGAACUUUUUUUGCUUUGUCUGUUGUUCUUUCAUAGUGGUAAAGGCAGAUAAUGGUUACAAGGUGGUGCAGAAUGUAGUAUUUUUCGUCAGUCCAGUGCAGUCUAGACUUACUUUCACACUCACCCUUGGGAAAAUUUUUCUGUUUGUUAAGAAUACAUAUAGUGUUUGUUUUUUCUCCUUUUUAAGUCCUUCCCCAGGAUUCCAUUGCAGUUGACACCUGGCAAAGCUAACAUUGAUACAGGACCUAGGUUUGGAAAAUGCUACUGGUGAUAUCUGGAGUUGGACCUGCCAUCAUCUUAAGAAAAUUCAAAUCUAAUGUGUAAUCAGGCUGACUGAGAUGCUCAAUAAAUCACACUUUAGACUGUUUUUACCUGACACCCAGGAUCAUUUUGAUAGAAAAAAUGCUGUUAAAUCGUAAAUAUUUUGCAUAUUGUGGUGGUAUUUAUUCAAUGUGUCAACAGCACUGAGAUGAGUAGUUGCUGUUUUAAACUGUCAGCAGUUUAUCUGCAACAGUGUGAUCAAAGAAAACUGUCAAAGGCAUUUAGAGCAUUUGCUUUCUUGUCAGUGCUGGUUAUCCUGAAAAACAGUAAUUUGUAGUUCCUCUGCAAACUUGGGUGUGUGCUACAGUAAGCACUGGAAAACCUCGUACCUGCCACCCACAUGUGUUGUGUGGUUCAGAGAAGAGUCAUAUUUGAACAUAUGUAAGGGGGCUGUGGGGAGUGUGUGAAA